CAUCACAUUCCACCUUUUCAUAGAUCUGCUACCUCUUCUCUUCUCUUCUCUUUUUAUUUGUCUCCUCUGUUUUCCAGCCUCUCCCUCUCUGUUUUUGCUUCUCAACUCGCUCUCUUUGACUCAGUUUCCAGCUCGCAUUGGACUCACAAACCCGCACCAUUACCUGUACACUUCUCCUGACUCACUGCGACUCUGUAUAUUAUACUAUAUAUUUUGUUUGCAUUGGAUGGACCGAUCGCUGGAAUGGUGAUUUUCCGGCUAGUUUGGCCGGAAUUCCGUUGAGUUACUGGAUAUUUCGGUGUAGAAAAUGUUCAGGUCGGCGAGAUGGAGAAGCGAGAAGAACAGGAUCAAAACUGUCUUCAAAUUGCAGUUUCAUGCAACUCAGCUGCCGCAACUGAAUGUGAAUGCAUUGGCUAUAUCAGUGGUUCCAGAAGAAAGUUGUCGAUGGGAGUAUCCGGUCUAUGAAACAGUGAAAUACAUUCGUGAUGUGAAAACAGGGAAGAUCAAUGAGAGAAUAUACCAUUUUGUUGUCUCCACUGGAUCAUCGAAAAAUAGUUUAGUUGGAGAAGUUUCUAUAGAUUUUGCUGAUUAUGCUGAGGCAACUAUAGCUUCCACAGUUUCUCUUCCCCUCAAGAAUUCAAAAUCUGAUGGGGUUUUGCAUGUUGAAAUUCAGAAGCUGCAAGAAAAUGUUGAGCAAAGUUUCCAUAUGGAAGCUGAAGAUAUAAACAUAAAAUCCCAGAGCAGAACCUUGAACACCCUAUUAAGCAAUAGUAAUAGAGAUGAGGGUAUUAAUAGUCAUUCAAGUGAAGAUGGACCACUUAUCAAUGCAUCUCACAAUUCUGGAUUAAAUGGCAAUGACAGGACUUCUAGUGGAUCUGACAUUACAAUGUCAAGUUCUGAAAGUCGCUCUGGACUCAAUACCCCACGAGAACUUGGAUUGAGAAACAACAUGCUACAGGACCCUACUAGCUUUCUAUCAUCUCGAACCCGCACUUCAGCAUCUCUCCUGCCAAAAGCAAAUGCUUCCGCAGCAAGCUAUGUGGAGCAUCAGCAACCACAAUGGGAGUUAUCCGCAGAGUCUGCUCAUGAUAUAAGUAAUUAUGACUCGACAAAUAGUUCUCAAGGCUCGUUUGCAAGAGAGAGAUCUCAACAGGCUUCAGAUAUUGAGAUGGAAAAACUCAAGUCUAAACUCGUUGUGUUGUCAAGACAGCAAGAUGUGUCAGAGUUGGAAAUACAAACCCUGCGGAAACAAAUUGUAAAAGAGAGCAAAAGGGGGCGGGACCUCUCCAGAGAAAUCUUGGGAUUAAAAGGGGAGAGAGAUAUGCUCAAGUCAGAGUGCGAGAAACUCAAGGCAUUUCAGAAAUGGAUGGAGGAGGCAAAAAGCAAAAACAAGUUACCUUUCAAAUGUGGGGAUCCAUUUCUUGAAGAAGUUCGACGAGAGCUGAAUUAUGAGAAGGACCUGAAUUCCAACCUCCGGUUACAACUUCAGAAAACGCUGGAAUCAAAUGCUGAGUUGAUACUUGCUGUGAAAGACCUCAAUGAAAUGUUAGAGCAGAAAAGUAGGGAAACAUCUGACCUUUCCAACAAAGCAAGAUCCUAUGAGAAUGCAAUCUCAAGAAGUAAGACUGGUGAUGAUGAAGAGCAAAAGGCACUGGAAGAACUUGUUAAGGAGCAUAAGGAUGCUAAAGAAACGUAUUCUCUGGAGCAAAAGAUUAUGGACCUCUGCAGUGAAAUAGAGAUCUAUAGGGGAGAGAGAGAUGAGCUGGAGAUGCAAAUGGAGCAGCUGGCACUCGACUAUGAGAUAUUGAAGCAGGAGAACCAUGACAUGUCAUAUAAAUUAGAACAAAGUCAGCUGCAAGAACAGCUGAAGAUACAGUAUGAAUGCUCCCCUUCGUUUCCCAACACAAAUGAACUAGAAGCUCAGGUUGAGAGCUUAGAAAAUGAACUAAAGAAGCAGUCAAAGGAAAACUCUGAUUCUUUGACAGCCAUAAAGGAACUACAAACCCAUAUAAAGAGCCUGGAGAAAGAAUUGGAACAGCAGGCCCAAGAGUUUGAUGCUGAUCUGGAGGUCGUAACAAGUGCAAGAGUUGAGCAGGAGCAGAGAGCCAUUCAAGCAGAGGAAGCCUUGCGAAAGACAAAAUUGAAAAACGCUAAUACAGCUGAGAAACUGCAAGAAGAAUUUAGGAGGUUGUCCAUUCAUAUGGCCUCAACUUUUGAUGCAAAUGAGAAGGUAGCUAUGAAAGCGCUUGCAGAAGCUAGUGAACUACAUAUGCAGAAAGGAAAACUGGAAGAAAUGCUUCAGAAAGCUAACGAGGAGCUCCAAUCAGUUAAGGAUGGUUAUGAGUCAAAACUGCAUGUUCUUUCCAACCAACUGAAUUUGAAAAUGCAUCAGAUAGAACAGAUGUUGAUGGAAAUUGAGGAUAAAUCCAGACAGCUUGAACAGCAAGAGAAGCAUGAUGAAGAAUGUGUUGGAGCCUUCUCCCAUGAAAUCCAAGGCCUAAAAGCUGAGCUUGAAAUGCUCUCAAUAGAAAACAAUCACCUUUCUGAGCAAGCAGAACAGAAAGAAAAUAUGAGUUUAGAGGUGGAACAAAUGAAGACAUCAAUUAAGCACACUGACGCGCUGGUACAAAAAGGAAAUAUGAAACGGAAUGAACUGGUGAGUACAAUUUCUUUGUUGAAGAAGGAAGCAGAGAAGUCGCAGGAGGAGUUAAAUAGAAUGAGGUGUCUCAAGGAUGAGAAGGAGUCUGCAGUGAGUCUCUUGCAAUCAGAGGUCAGAAUGCUUAAAGCUCAAUGUGAUGACUUGAAACAUUCUCUGUUUGAGGAUGAGUUGGCAAAAGAAAAACUUAGAAGGCAGUUACUCCAAUUAAAGAGUGAGCCGAAGAAGAAGGAAGAUGCUUUGACCAGCAUGGAGAAGAAACUCAAGGAAAGCAACAAAUGCAUAGCAGUUUCUGAAGGAACAAAAAGUACCAUGAGAAACAAUAAGUUUGCUCCAGUUCCUUAUGGCUCUAAAGAGAUGGCAAAUCUGAGGGACAGAAUAAAAUUGCUUGAGGUACAAAUAAAGUUAAAGGAAACUUCUCUAGAAGCCUCUGCAAAUUCGUUUUCAGAGAAGGAAAGGGAUCUUCAAAACAAAAUUGAAGAGUUGGAGGGCAGGGUGGAAGAACUCAACCAGAACUGCGCAUGUUUCUGCUGCAACCAACUCCGAAAGUCAUCUGAAGACAACAUUGGGAUUACUCCAAAUGGUGAUAUAGCUGAAGAUUUAAGCAGGGAUGAAAAUCCAAGCAGUAGUACAUCAGGGAUGUCCAAAGAAAAUGGGAAUUUAAAACUGUCAAUCAAGAGCGAUCAUUCCAGUGCAUCGGAGUUAGAACCAAAAACCUGCUCUGUCAACAACACGGACCACAAUGCCAAUGAGGAGUUGGGUGAACUAGAGUCAUUGAAGGAGAGAAACAAAUCAAUGGAAAAUGAACUGAAGGAGAUGCAAGAAAGAUAUUCGGAAAUGAGUCUCAAGUUUGCACAGGUAGAAGGUGAAAGACAACAGCUGAUGAUGACGCUACGAAAUCUUAAGAAUGCCACUGCCAGGAAGACCUGAUAAUUUCUUUCUUGAUAUACUGUGUACAGUUGAGUGGUUGUACUGCAAGGAAAAUCUAGAUGUAGUUUCUGUCAGAAUCAAUAAUUAAUCUGUACAUGGUUAGACGAAACAACAAAGAUCCGAGUGUAUACGAGCCAUUUUUAUUAGGUGAUUUUUUACGUUUUUCAUUAA